AUGGGUGAUGUUAGCUCAGCUACCAACCAGCUCAUGGCAGAGAAUCUCAGGGACAGGAGUGAUCACUGGAAAUACAAGGAGUCUAAGAUUGUUGGGGGUGAUGAAGCCAAUGAGGGAGAGUGGCCAUGGCAGGUCAGUCUGAGGAAAAAAUUGGGUGGCUCCUGGAAGCACGUAUGUGGGGGCUCUCUCAUCCACCCCAGAUGGAUCCUGACUGCUGCCCACUGCUUUAAUAGUGCUAAGAACGAUACCUCACUUUACAUGAUCCAAUUGAGGAAACAGAAUCUAUAUGAAGAUGAUCACCUGGUGCCCCUGGAAGAGAUCAUCAUCAACCCUAACUUUAGUUAUAUCACAGCAAACUCUGACCUUGCCCUGCUAAAGCUCCAGUCCUCUGUACAGCUCACUGAAACCAUCCAAACCAUCAUGCUCCCUGAAGCCUCCCAGAUAUUCACUCCAGACAUGGAAUGCUGGGUCACUGGUUGGGGGGACAUUGAAUCUGGAGUGCAUCUGCCCCCUCCCUACACCCUGAGGAAGGUGAAGGUUGCUGUGAUGGAUGCCCUAACCUGUGACGAGGAAUACCAUCAGAAUUCCUCCAUUCCUGAAUUUUUGAGGCUUGUCAUUGAUACAAUGAUCUGUGCUGGUGAAACUGGCAGGAGCUCCUGCAAGGGUGACUCUGGGGGAGCCCUGGUCUGUAACGUGCAGAACUCCUGGCUCCAGGCUGGAAUAAGGGCCAGUUCUGAGAUAGUCCGUGCUGCCCCUGAGAACAUGCAGAACGGCAUGUGGACAUCCAACGAUAUCUUGUCUAAACCUCUUCGGCCCCUGCAAGGCAAGGCCAUUUGA